AAUAACUCACUCUUUAUGUCAACCUUUGGUCUGUCAAAGUCCGUUACAUACUUGGGCACAGCAAGAUAACACCUGUGGAAGGAGAGGUAAAAAUCUCCUUUAGGCACAAACAUCCAAAGGACUGGAACAGGUAAGAUGGCUGGGCCAAAACCUCGAGUGAUCUCCCUUACCAAGCGUGAGGGACAGAGCUUCGGCUUCUUCCUGAGGAUCGAGCAGGGGGAGGAAGGUCAUCUGAUUCGGGCCUUGGAGAUGGGCGGUCCUGCUGAGCUGGCAGGGAUCAAGGACGGAGAUCGCAUCAUCAGGGUCAAUGGAACUUUUGUGGACAACCUGGAGCACAACCAGGUUGCUGAUCUGGUGAGGAAAAGUGGAAUGACCGUCACAUUUCAUGUCCUUGGGGAGGAAGCAUAUAAUCAGGCCAAAAUCAAUGGAAUAAACCUUGCAGACCCACAGUCCCACCUCAUUCAGGGCCAGCCUACCAUGAAUGGAGUGUCUGCCCCAGCCCCUAAACUUAAACUCUGCUUUCUGCAGAAGUCCAGUGCUGGGUUUGGCUUCUCUUUGAAAUCCAAUAAAGGUGAACAGGGAAUCUUCAUGAUGGAUAUAAUUGCUGGAGGGAUUGCUGAUAAGGCAGGGGUUAAGGUGGGUGAUCGUGUGGUGGAAAUUAAUGGAGAAAAUGUGGAGGAUGCUACACAUGAUCAAGCUGUGGAAAAGGUCAAGACUUCUGGAAACAGCAUAAUGUUCUUACUGGCGGAUGAGGACACAGAUAAAUACUACAAGAACAAACGCAUCAAACUGGGGCCUGGGCUAGCCACAGUGAAGCACCUCCCACAGAAGCCCCGCAUUGUUGAAAUGACCAAGGGACCCAGUGGUUAUGGCUACUUCCUUAAGGCAGACCCUACAAUGCCAGGUCAUUACGUCGGAGAAAUUGACCGUGGGAGCCCUGCAGAGAGAGCAGGCCUGAAGGAGAAGGACCGGGUGGUGGCUGUGGAGGGAAAGGAGGUAGAUGACUGCACACAUGAGGAAUUGGUGGACAAAAUACGACAGCUUGGGAACAGAUGCUGCCUCCUUGUGGUCGACGCUGAAACAGACAAACUAUACAAGAUGGGUGCUGCUUCUCCCCUACUUUACUGGGAGGAAAUCAGGGGUUCCCUACCUAAGCCAAGUCAACCUGAGCCUGAACCUAUCCCAGUCCCAGCACCAGUUCCAGCCCCAAUCCCAGUUCCAGCUGUACCUGCUGCUGUCGAAGAAUACUACAAGCCCAAACUGUGUCGCCUGGAGAAGACAGCUGCUGGAUACGGGUUCCACCUCAAUGGUAUUCAAGGAGUCUAUGGACAGUAUAUCAAAGAGGUGGUAAAGGGUGGAGCAGCAGACAGAGCUGGGCUGGAGGAUGAUGACAUUGUGGUGGAGGUCAACAGUGUGAACGUGGAAAAGAGCACGCACGACGAAGUUGUACAAAUGAUCCGCAACAGUGGUGACACACUGGUCCUCCUAGUGGCAGAGAAGGCGGCCUAUGACUACUUUAAAGUCAGAGGAGUUGCAAUCACCCCACAGCUGCUGGCUACAGAGCAAACACCAGAGCCCUGCGCCCCUGCCAUCGCACAAGAGGAACAAACCCAAAGAUCAGCCACCCCACCAGUUCAGCCUCGUGUGAGGACACCUUCCGUAUCAUCUACAUCCUCGGCAGGCAGUGAGGAUGUGAGACUUUGAGAAGGCCACCCCACAUUUUUCUCGAUGCUGGAUUAUAUUGAUAUUUAUGUCAUCAGUUUGCAC